CAAUGUCGGACAGAGGAGCCUUCGAUACCAAUGUGAUCACGCUGACCAGGUUCGUCUUGGAGGAAGGACGGAAAGCCAAAGGGACUGGAGAGCUGACCACGCUCCUCAACUCCAUGUGCACAGCCAUCAAAGCCAUUUCCUCUGCAGUCAGGAAGGCAGGAAUCGCUAACCUGUAUGGCAUUGCAGGAAGCACAAACAUAACAGGGGACCAGGUGAAGAAGCUGGAUGUGUUGUCCAACGAUCUGGUCGUUAACAUGAUUAAGUCCUCCUUCACUUCCUGUGUGCUGGUCAGUGAGGAGGACGACAAAGCUAUCAUCAUUGAGCCUGAACAAAGAGGUAAAUAUGUGGUUUGUUUCGAUCCGCUGGACGGCUCCUCCAACAUCGACUGUCUGGCUUCCAUCGGAACGAUUUUUGCCAUUUACAGAAAGGACAAUGACAGUGAACCGACGGAGAAGGAUGCCUUGCUGCCAGGUAGAAAAAUCGUUGCUGCGGGUUACGCCCUUUAUGGUAGUGCCACCAUGCUGGUUCUAUCGACAGGUCAAGGAGUCAACUGCUUCAUGCUGGACCCUGCUAUAGGGGAGUUUAUUUUGGUGGACCGUGAUGUGAAGAUUAAGAAGAAGGGAAAAAUCUACAGCCUUAAUGAAGGAUACGCUCAGUAUUUUUACCCAGAUGUCACCGAAUAUCUACAGAAGAAGAAAUUCCCAGAGGAUGGCAGCGCGCCAUACGGAGGACGCUACGUGGGCUCCAUGGUGGCUGAUGUGCACAGGACGCUGGUCUAUGGAGGAAUCUUCAUGUAUCCGGCCAACAUCAAGAGUCCAAAGGGAAAGCUGAGGCUGCUUUAUGAGUGCAACCCCAUGGCCUUCAUCAUGGAGCAGGCUGGAGGAAUGGCCACCACAGGACCCAUGAACGUGCUGGAUAUCCAGCCUGAGACCAUCCACCAGAGAGCUCCGGUUGUCCUGGGUUCCCCUGAUGAUGUCAAAGAGUACAUCGCCAUUUACCAGAAACACGCCAAGUGAGACAGAAUGAUCUGUCAUCAAUACCCAGACACUAAACAGCAGGACCAGGGUGGGGAAUAAAACCCCUGCAGUGUAUACAUCUCUUCAUGUCUAUAUCAUACCAGGAAAAGCA